UAAAUUCCUUCUCUCUCACUCUCCUGACAAGACCAUAUAUCCAUGCAGGCAUGACCAGACCCACUCACAUACUCAUCCCUCAUGGAUGUGUGAGAUAGAGCCUAGAGGACAUCUGCCCCACCCUCCCUCUCACUCUCUGCUGUGUCUUUAAAAAAAAAAAAAAAAAAAAAUUGUAUGCCAGCUCUUUGUGCUUUCAUCAGAUUAGUUUAUACGUGUUCAUCACUUGACAAUCCUUCCUAUAACUUCUGGCUGUAUUUCCAUCUGUUAUCUGAAGAAACACCAGAACCAUAUUCUAUGAAAACAUCUAUUCUUGGAUCUGGAGAGAUUCUUUUACUGUUUUGUUUUUGGUAUUAGUUUCUUAUAGGUAACUGGAGGUAAUGUUGCUGAUGAUUCUGGGUACAUUCUCUAUGUUUAUAUUGUAAUGAGUGUGUUGCGUAUUGGGUCCCCUCCCUUUUCUUUUGGUUGUAUUACAAAGCAAUGGUUUCUCCUGUGAGAGCCCAUUAAGGUUUCCUUGAUUGUUGCUACUUGCUAAAGUUUGAGACUCUGGAGGAAAUCAUGGAAAUCCUAAAAUGGGCAUUUAUGUUUUAGGAGGAGAGCUUGUGAGAUUGGGAUUUUGAAUUUGAUAGCUAAAGGAAAAUUCUUGAUGUUAUGGGUGUUGAUGAAUGCCAAAUGCUCAUGUUUGGAGCUGGAAAUUAGCUGGAAUUCAGGAGGAUUUUCCUUUCCCCCUUCUGAUUUGUUGGUAAAUUCUGUUUUGGAAAUGCUGUAAGAGUUCCAGGUACAUGGAAAGUGCUUCAUUCUGUCUUGUUUCAUGGAAUUAGUGAAAGUGAUAUUUCUCCAUUAAAUGUAACGGUUUUGUGAAGGAAAAAAAAAAAAGAAAAAAGAAAGAAAGAAAAAAAAGAAACCGGAGAUGAUAAAGUUCAACGUUGGAGUUUGACUCAGAUUGAAGCAACCUAUGUGGAGGAUCUGAAAACAUUAUUUCUUAAUUAGGUUACCAGAGAAUUGCUUAGACAUCUUAGAUUGUAGUUCACAUACAACGGGUCAAACAUUGUCAGCUUACGGAGAUCGAGAUUAAAAAUUUGUGCUUGUCUGGUUUUGGAUAAAGGAUAAUGGAAUAUUAGGAAGGGUAACUACUAAAUUAAAUUGGCUGAGGUGAGGAAGAGAUGGCUGCAAAACUUUUACAUUCUUUAGCAGAUGAUAAUCCAGAUUUGCAGAAGCAAAUAGGAUGCAUGACUGGGAUUUUUCAGCUUUUUGAUCGCCACCAUGUCAUCACUAACAGGCGUCUCAGCCAGAGGAAGCUGCCUCCAGGUGAUUCCCACUUGAAUAAUGGCAGCUCUGAAAGGGAAUCUUUUAAUGUUUAUCAUCGUGCUAUGGCAGCUGAAAUGAAUUUAAACAAGAGUUUGAACGAGAAGCAAAGGAUUUCUACAGAAUCAUCAAGACCAUCUUUCUCAUCCUCUUGUUCAUCCUCCUUGUCCUCUUUGGAUUGUAACAAAACAGCUCAACCAGAAGAGUCUUCCUUUGACAGAAUUAUUUUCCCAGAAAUUCCUUCAAGGGAUGCUGUUCUAACCCAGCCAUGUACCUCUCCACAUUUGGGGCAGCAAUCCCUUGAUCUUCAAGAUGUUGUCACGGAUUCAAUGUACAGGGAAGCCAGAGGGCUAUCAGUCAAAACUUCAACUAAAGAGGAAGCAGUGGCUCAUGCAGUGAAGCAUAAAGACUCUCCCAGGCCAUUACAACUUUCCAAAUAUGUAGAUAGAUCUUAUGGAAUUGGAAACAAGGGGAAGCAAAAUUCUCCUGUUGAUCUCAAGGAGUCCCUUAGAGUUCUUGCUAAACUUCAAGAAGCACCAUGGUAUUACAAUGAAACUAGAGAAAGGCCAAGAUCAUUGCAUGAACUGAAAGAUGGGUCUUCAAAUAAAAUUUCAAAAGGCGCUCCUCGGUUUUCUUUUGAUGAGAGGGAGAUGAAUCGUUUUUCUUUUGAAUCUCGAGACACCAUCAAGUCCAACCUAAAGCUAAAAGAGCUGCCUAGACUUUCACUGGACAGCAGAGAAUUUUCAAUGCGAGGUUCCAAAUCUGAUUCAAAAUCAAGUUUCACUUCAAAAGAUCUACAAAAUGGUGUAAAUUCAAAUGACAAGGUCUAUAACAUAAAACAAUCACUGGGAACAAAGAAGCGCCCUCCUAAUGUGGUAGCUAAGUUGAUGGGUUUGGAAGCAUUGCCAGAUUCUGCAUCUACUAGUUCUAGUCAGUCAGAUUUAAUCAAGAGCUUCCCUGUUGACCAUAACGAUUCCUUCUCAACAUCAUCGAAAGGAAAUGAUCUGAAGAUGGAAAUUCGGAUUCCAAAGUCCCCAAGAUGCUCUUCAAAAGAGCUAAUUUCACCAAGGCAGAAAAAUCCUGAUUUGAUCAUGAAACCCAUUUCAAGGUUGCCAAUUGAAUCAGCACCAUGGAAGCAACCAAAAGGAAGUCAAGCUUCUCAGAAACUUGCAAAAAUUUCAGCUGAGAUACCAAAUCCCUUUUUGACAGUUUACAGUGAGAUCGAAAAGAGAUUGAAAGAUAUGGAGUUCAAUCAAUCUGGAAAGGAUCUCAGAGCUCUCAGACAGAUUCUGGAAGCAAUGCAGACCAAGGGGUUAUUGAAGACCAGAAAAGAAGAACGAGGAACAAACUUUGGAAUCCAAAGGGAGUAUGGACCAAACUGUAGUAGUCCUAGUCAAAGGCCAAGAUUGUUAGGCCAACGCAACCAACAGAGCAGCCAUCUUAGUACUUCCACAACUACGGGCUUUGGUUCUUUGAGAACUUAUGAAUCCCCUAUCGUGAUCAUGAAACCAGCCAAGCUGGUUGAAAAAUCUUGCAUUCAUGCUUCCUCAGUAAUUCCAAUAGAUAGCCUUUCUGGUCUUCAUAAAAUUCCAAACAGUGGACAUGCAGAUGGUAAAAAUAGAUCAGCUAAUAACCGUACAGCUAAAGAUCAAUCUCCUGAAAUCAGUCACCGGGACUCUGCUGCCAAAUGCAGUGACAAGAAAGCCAGUGUGAGGAAUAGAUCAACUCAAUCUGGAACAAGACCUCAACAAUUGCCAAAAGAAAAUACCACAAGUUCAGUAAAAAGCUCAGGAUCUGUGAGCCCAAGAUUGCAACAGAAAAAGCUGGAGUUAGAGAAGCAAUCUCGUCCACCUACCCCUCCAUCUGAUUCAAACAGGUCUAGAAGGCAAUCUAGCAGGAUGUCAACUGAAUCUGGUUCCCUUGGUAGGAAAAACAGACUGAAAGCUCACAAAUUGCCACAGAGUGAUGAUCAACUGAGUCAGAUAAGUAAUGAAUCCAGUCAGCAAGGUGAUGAUGUAUCUCUGCAGUCUGACAGCACUGUUAUCUUUGACUCAGAGACAGAUGUGGAAGUCACCAGCGCUGAACAAUCUACUGAGAUCAAUGGCAGCCAGAGUCCAUCCACGAAGGCUGGCAAUCACUUGGUUUUUGGCUUCAAGCAGAAAAAACCAAAUUCAAGGUUGGAAGAUGGAACAUUGGCAGAAUUUGCAGUUGAUACCCCAGAGCAUCCUAGCCCCAUCUCUGUUCUUGAUGCUUCAGUGUAUAGAGAUGAUACACUGUCUCCAGUAAAGCAGAUACCAAAUGUGGCUAAAGGUGAUGGGGCUGAAGAUUCCAAGGAUCAACAGAGUGAGAAUCAGUGGAACCUAGCAGAUAAUUUCUUAUCUAAAAAUGUGGGGUCUGGUCUUUCAUCAGAAAUCAGUCGCAAGAAAUUACAAAACAUAGAGAGUUUGGUACAGAAACUUAGACGACUGAACUCCACUCAUGAUGAAGCCAGCACAGAUUAUAUUGCAUCACUCUGUGAGAACACAAAUCCAGACCACAGAUACAUCUCUGAGAUCUUGUUAGCUUCGGGUCUUCUACUCAGGGACCUUGGCUCUGGUAUGACGACAUUUCAGCUUCACUCUUCAGGUCACCCCCUUAACCCCGAGCUAUUCUUUGUAUUGGAGCAAACCAAGGCCAGCACUUUGCUUUCAAAAAAGGAAAGCAGCCUUGGAAAGAGCUCCCAUUCAAAGCCACACCCUGAAAGGUUUCACCGGAAGCUCAUAUUUGAUGCUGUUAAUGAGAUGAUUGUCAAGAAGUUAGCAUUAGCUGUACCCUCUCCCGAGCCACGGUUGAAAUCUGAUAAAUUGGCAAAGAAGGCCCUCAGUGCUCAAAAGCUUCUCAAAGAGUUGUGUUCAGACAUAGAACAGCUUCAAUCGAAGAAAUCAGAAUGCCGCUUAGAGGAAGAGGAGGAUGGUCUAAAAGGCAUUUUGUGGAAUGAUGUGAUGCAUCGAUCAGAGAGUUGGAUAGAUUUUCAUAGUGAGGUUUCUGGUAUAGUGUUAGAUGUUGAGCGUUCUAUCUUUAAGGAUUUAGUUGACGAAAUUGUGAUGGGCGAGGCUGCUGGUUUGCGCACCAAACCAAGUAGGCGCAGGCAGCUGUCUGCAAAAUAGCAUCCUGUAAUUCUUGAUUUUACCUUUUGUCUUUUCUUUCUUAUUAUAUAUAUAUAUAUAUAUAUAUAUAUAUAUAUAUAUAUAUAUAUAUAUAUAUAUUAAAGCACAAUAAGUGAGUAAGAACUGGAAUCAUGGGUUGGAUUGUAAAGAAAUUAAUUUCUCACAUUUUGACAUUUUACAUACUCAAAAGAAUGAAUACACAUAUAUGCAUUUUUUGAAA